AUGAUGCGCAAAAGAAAAGAUAGUGGAUCAACUUAUGAUAAACCAAGUAAAAUAGCUAAAUUACAAGUAUCAUUAGAAGCACUUGUUGAACAAGCUCUUUCACAAACAAAUGCAAAAGGGGAAGAUGAGAAUAAACAUGAGGAAGAAGAUGGAGAUGGUGAGGAUGGAGAUGAUGACGAAAGUGAUAAAGAAGAUGAGGAUGAAGACGAAAAAGAAAGUGAGAAAAGAGACAAGGAGGAAGAAGAUGAAAAGAAAAGUGAGGAAGGAGAUGAUGUUAAAAGUGGGGAAGAUGCUAAAGAGGAAAAUGAAAAAGAGAAGAGGAAAGAACCAAUGAAUUAA